UGAUUCUCCUCGUCUCGACUGGUGUCAGUAAGUUGCGUGAGUCUUCAUCCUUGACUGUUCUUCCUGGAUUUCUAAACUCUGCAACUUUUCAAUUGAUUUGUACUAAGAAGAGAGUUGUUGGAACGAUGGGAAAAGACGCAAAAGCAAAGGAGUCAAAGGGUAAGGGAAAGCAGGCUGCAAGUGGAAGUGAUGAGAAUGCUUCCAAGGGAAAAGGAAAAGGUGGGAAAGCUGCAGAUGGGCUUGGUACUUGCACCUAUGUCAAAGCAAGACAUAUCUUAUGUGAGAAACAAGGUAAGAUUAAUGAAGCCUACAAGAAGCUGCAAGAUGGUUGGCUUGACAAUGGGGAUAAGGUUCCUCCAGCAGAGUUUGCAAAGGUAGCUCAAGAGUAUUCUGAAUGUCCAUCCGGAAAGAAGGGUGGAGACCUUGGAUGGUUUCCACGAGGAAAGAUGGCUGGCCCAUUUCAGGAAGUUGCCUUCAACACACCUGUUGGAGUUACGAGUGCUCCUUUCAAAUCAACGCAUGGCUACCAUAUUAUCUUAUCUGAAGGAAGAAAGAACUGAUUUGAGUUCUGAAUAAGAACAGAAGCUGAGUUUCAGUGGCAUUUGAGCACUUAAGUGUUGUCUGGUUAAAUGAUCGGAUGUUGCUUUCUUUCUUUAAGUGAUUGUGGUUGAUAAUGUAAACCAACACAUAUGUAUACUGAUCUUGCUUUCUAAUACUUAGAUAACUGAGAGCAUAAUAUAUGUGAAUGUGGAUGGUUUAAUUGCUUUUGUCUUAUUGAAUAA